AUGAAUUCAACCCCAGUGACACAGACAGAAUAUGCUGACUACAAGAACUACACCACAAGUUCCUCAUCUUGCAGGGAUGUGAUGUGUAUUUCUUAUGCAGUAGCAAAUGUGAUCAUAUGUGUCCUGAGUGCUGCUGGAAAUGAUUUGGUGAUCUGGAUUGCAGGAUUUAAGGUGAAGAAGUCAGUCGUCACCACCUGGUACCCGAGCCUGGCAGUGUCUGACUUCAUAUUCUCCUGCACUCUGCCCUUCAGGGUUGUCUAUGGGGUUGAAAAAGAGUGGUUCUUCAGGCGCUUCAUGUGCAAGUUCAGUUGCUUCAUGAUGUGGCUCAACAUGUACAGCAGCAUCUUCCUCCUCGUCAUCAUCAGUGUGGACUGCUGUCUCUGCAGCUCUGAACUGAAGGAGCAAUUAAACAGAAUCAAGAGUCAUCAUGAAUUCAACCCCAAUGGCAGAAACAAAGAACGACGCCGGUUUAAGGUGAAGAAGUCAGUCGUCUCCACCUGGUACCUGAGCCUGGCAGUGUCUGACUUCAUGUUCUGCUGCACUCUGCCCUUCUGGGUUGUCUAUAGGGUCAAAAAUAAGUGGUUCUUCGGGCGCUUCAUGUGCAAGUCCAGUUCCUUCAUGAGGUGGCUCAACAUGUACAGCAGCAUCUUCCUCCUCGUCAUCAUCAGUGUGGACCGCUGUGUGCUUGUUAUGUUUCCUGUGUGGGCUCAGAACAAGCGCACAAAAAGAAAGGCCUCUGUGAUAGUCAUGCUAGCUUGGAUCAUUGCAGCAGCAUUAAGUGCACCAUCAGCUGUUUUUCGAGAAAUUCGUUAUGAUCAAUACAACCAGACUUCAAUGUGUAGGAACAAUUACAAUAAUACAGAACACUACAUUGCUAACAAAGCCUGUCGAUUCAUUUUUUUAUUUAUGGUCCCGUUCAUGAUCAUUAUCAUUUGUUAUAUAUUCAUCAUUCGAAAGCUGAAGUCCAACCAGACAGUAAAGUCCAAAAAGCCUGUUAAGAUCAUGACGGUGCUGAUUGUUACUUUCUUGAUCUGCUGGCUGCCUUAUCAAACUCUUUCUCUGAUAAGAUUAUUCAUGCCACGUGUUCGUCCUGUUCACACUGCAUAUGUAUUUAGUCUCCUUCUUGCCCAUGCCAACAGCUGUCUGAACCCGUUUCUCUAUGCAUUCAUGGGAAAAGACAUUAAGGAGCAAUGUUAUGCACUUUGGUCAAAAAUUGAGAAUGCAGUGAAGGAGGAAUAUGAUCAGAACACCGUCCAAGUAACAGAUACCUCAAGCAGUUUACCAAGAGCAAUCACUCUUUUCCAGUUUGUGCACCACGCUUAA